UCGAACUCAACCACUCUACAUCUUUCAUUCACUUGCUAAACGCUAAGAUGAACACUGGCAAAACUUUGAAAGAGGCUCUCCAGAAUGCCCAAGCUGACGGUCGUGUUACCGUUGGAGUCUACGAGUGUGCAAAAAUAAUGAACGAAGACCCUGACAGUGUGUCUUUCUGUGUGCUGGCAACUGAUGCCUUCGAAUGUGAUAUAGCUCUUCAGAUUCACUUCACUCUCAUCCAAGCUUUCUGCUUUGACAACGACAUCAGCAUUGUGAGAGUCAAUGACAUGCAGCGCAUCUCAAAGAUUGUUGGGGACAAAUCUGAACAUAUGGAGGACGCCCACUGUGUCCUCAUCUCGAACCCUACUGAAGGUUCUUGGGAGGAUCCGGCCCUCGAGAAGCUGCACCUGUUCUGCGAAGAAAGCCGCAGCUUCAACGAGUGGGUCCCAGAGAUCACUCUGCCUGAGCGUUGAACUGGGCCUAUACUCUUCUCUGAUCGAGAUGCUUUAAACCUGAAGGAAUACUCAUCCUACUUGACAGGAUGAUGCAAAUUUUCCUGCAUCCCUGGAUACUCCUGAGGAGGAUCUCAGUCCAGGCACCGCGAGGUUAUGCCCGAGUGGCCCUCGCGGUUAUCGUCGCGCCUUGUACCGUCCAUGCCAAGCUGACCCAGGUUCUUUAUGUGAACCAGGGGCAGGCAUGCCACGAGAGCGACACAAUGGCCCUCAUUCUUUGUGCGGAUGAGGUUUGGAGAGGAAGGAGAAGCGAGUUUUGCGGCUGUGGCCUUGCCACAGAGCAAAUAUCGCAUGCGUUUGUACACGCAGUGGACGAAGUGGUCGUCGAAUGAAGCAUGCUUUUUUUAAAAAUGGACUUAACAUCUUGCUCAUUUUUAAAGAUAAGCACUGCGGAGCCAAGGGAAGACACUCUGCUCUGCAAGAAUGUUUCUCACUUUCCAGAAUUGUCAUUAAUCUCUAAAGGUUUCACUUUAGAAUUUGUUAAGAUUACUGCAUUAUUAUUGUUAUUAUAAUUUGCAACCAUUAUUUGUAUUGUUGUAGAAAAAAGAAAGAAAAAAAACAAGAAAUAAAGGAAAGUAAGAAUGAAUUUCACCUUGUGAAAAGUUGUUUCUGCUGAGUUGAACAAAAGGCUGAGAUUUGUAGUUAAGAGUCAUAAGAAGCGAGCUUUACUUGACACAAGCGGCCAAAUUACCCUCCAACACACC